AUCCGUGUUGCUUGCGGUCCCACGUGACCCCACCUUCACAGCCAGCAAUGGCGCCGACCAUCCAGAGUGCACAGAGAGACGCGGAGUCCAGUAGGUCGAGUUCACACAGAGGAACUCCAGAGAGGUCCGGGUUGGUAUGCCGAGUCAAAUACUGCAACACCCUUCCCGACAUCCCUUUUGACCCCAAGUUCAUCACCUACCCAUUCGAGGCGAACAGGUUCGUGCAGUACAAGGCGACGUCGCUGGAGAAGCAGCACAAGCAUGAGCUGCUCACAGAGCCUGACCUAGGGGUCACCAUCGACCUAAUCAACCCUGACACCUACAAGAUCGACCCCAAUGCGUACCUGGACCCAGCUGACGAGAAGCUUCUGGAGGAAGAGAUCGCAACACCACAGGGAUCGCGGAGGUCCCAGCAGCAUGCGAAGGUGGUGCCGUGGAUGAGGAAGACGGAGUACAUCUCCACCGAAUUCAACCGUUACGGCAUCAGCAACGAGAAGCCCGAGAUCAAAAUCGGCGUGUCCGUCAAGCAGCAGUUCACAGAGGACGACAUAUACAAGGAUCGCGACAGCCAGAUCUCCGCCAUCGAGAAGACCUUCGAAGACGCCAAGAAGGAGAUCGAGGCGCAUUACAGCAAGCCGCGGGUCGUCCCUGUGGAGGUCAUGCCAGUCUUCCCGGAUUUCAAGAUGUGGAUCAACCCGUGCGCUCAGGUCAUCUUCGACUCGGACCCGGCACCUAAGGACAUGCCCGGGACGACGGCCGUGGAAACGAUGUCGCAGGCCAUGAUCAGGGGCAUGAUGGACGAGGAGGGAAACCAGUUUGUGGCGUAUUUCCUGCCGUCGGAAGACACGAUGCGCAAACGCAAGCGCGACUUGGACGAGGAGCUGGACUUCAUGGCCGAAGAGGAUUACGAGUACCGCAUGGCGCGCGAGUACAACUGGAACGUGAAGAACAAGGCGAGCAAGGGCUACGAGGAGAACUACUUCUUCAUCUUCCGGGAGGGCGACGGCGUCUACUACAACGAGCUCGAGACCAGAGUGCGGCUGAGCAAGCGGAGGGCGAAGGCCGGGCAGAGCGCGCAGACGAGCGCCAACACGGUGCUCGGCGUGAGGCACCGGCACAUGAACGAGAAGGAGCUCGAGGCACAGGAGGCGCGCAAAGCGCAGCUGGAGAACCACGAGCCGGAGGAGGACGAGGAGGAAAUCGAGCCCGACAAGGAGAAUCGCGAAUCAGGCGCGGAGGAUCGCGCUAGCGGCGACGAGAAAUCUGACAGCGACCGCGAGGAUGACGCGGAGGAGGGGGCCACAGCGGGCAGGGGGACGCCCCCCGCGGGGGGCAGGAAGGGCGAGGAGGAGGAAGGGGGGCGGGCGAGGAGCAGGAGCAGCAGCAGCAGCAGCAGCAGCGAGAGCGGAGACGACCGGCAAGCGAGGGAGGCGCGAGACGAGGAGGAGAUCUUCGGCAGCGGCAUCGACGACAGCGACAGCGACGAAGGGGCUGAGAGCGGACAAGGGAGCGACAGCGACGGAGGAGCCGGCGGCGACACUCGGAGGAGCGGCGGCGGCGGAGCGAACAACAACAGCGGUGGCGGUGGCGGCGGGAGCAGCAGCAGCAGCGGGAGUAGCAGCAGCAGCAGCAGCGAGGCGGGGUCGGACGCCAGCGAAGCAAGCGACGACGACAACUAAGGGCAGCUCGGCAAUCCUCAUCGUCGUCGUCACGAAGAGGCCGCCGUCUUCCGCAGGUUGAUGGCGAGAGUCCCCUGGCGUGCCGAGCCGCACCCUGGCAGUGCAGUCGCACCGCCUGCACACCUCGCCCGACAGCGCACCGUUCCUUCCGCCCGUCAGCCUGGACGUUACCACCCGGGGUGGCGCAACUUUCGCGGUGCCGCUUUCAUUCUGCGUGGAAACGGUAACGGCGAAUUGUGUGCGAUAACCACUGGAAAUGAGUGGGCGUUGGAGUAAUAAAUGGGUACCACUAGCGCUUUGUUAACUUGGUGUUGGUACCGAUUUCUGCUCUGGCUCGGUGGACUAUUGUUGAUUUGCUUCGCCAUGGAGCGUAGCUGCGAUGCCCAACGCAGCCCAUGUUAGAACACGCUAGGAUCACGGCGGCACGUGCGUUCCAUCUACAGCGCGUGUCAGAAUAGGGGGGGAGGAAAGCCCAUCACAAUCGUUGCAGGGUGGUUUCUAGUUCACCAUUUUUGAAGUCUAUUGAGGGUAGCUGUUGUUCCGAAGAAAACCUGUCCGACUCGCGAACUGGAUUAAAAUUCACUUGCAGCCCCCUUCGUGCGAUCUGCUUCUGGAUAGAGGGGGGGGGGGCCCCCUCUCGAUGCCACGCGAGUCAUUAAGGCGUUGUUUGACCGUGCUUUGGCAAAGUACGUUCCGUGGCCAAUCCAUCGAUCUUGAUUGCAGCUAUUCGAAACAGAACUGUUAACAAAAACCAUCUAAUCACCACGCAGGUGGUGGUGGCCAUUAACCAGAAACCACUGCGUUUUGGGAGAAUAAAAACAAAACACCUCUAACCUACUGCAAAUGAAAACGGAGGCAGUUGAGAUUCGAAAAAGUUUAGCUACGUCUCCUGUCUGAACGUGAACGUAGUCAUGGUGGUCAUCGUUGGUUCAAUUUCAAAAGUCUAGGGCCAGACCCCCGCGCAUGUUGAUAAACAGAUUAAAUGUGCAGCGCAUCGGCCAUGUUCGAUCCACUGCAUCUGACCUGCACAAGCAGAUUGACGCUCCAUCUCCUCGUCAGGAGUGCUUCCAGAAACGCUCCAUUCCUCGGCUGGCCGCUCCCAUUAUUCUUAACCAUAGCCUCCAAGAAGAGUUGGGGAGGCCUUCAUCCAAGUGGAUAAAGCGUGGCUGAUAAAUAACAAAAAACUGCAUUAAUUUGGACCCCAUUCACUAUUGAAUCAAUAACUAUUCGUCACCACUGUGAAAACAACCACCAAUCGCAUCCAUUGACGUCUACGCUAAUUAAGUGAACGCCACACUCAAUUUGGGGCAACACCAAAGCAAGAAAUCACCCGCCCCCCCCCCACUGGCAGACUGCUGCACAGUCACCUCGUGCUGCACAGGGACAGCUGCCACCUCUGGGGGGGGGGGGGUGCCCCUUUGCCCCCCCGCACGUUGAGCUGCCGCCACGUCAUGCUCCGAGGGUGUUUGGGAAAAUGCUUAAUUAGAAACAAAAUCGGUUAUUAUUUCAGGAGAUUGAGUCUAACCAUCACCGGUCAGAGGCCAAUGCAGUUGCCACCAUACUUUCACAGGUCGUGAAAGCAUUGAAUGAUGGAAAAACCAAAGGCUUUACCCCUUUUCAGCAGAAACAGGGAGGCGUUUAGAUGUUCCAACCCACCAAGGGAGACCUGUCACAAGGCACCGAGUGUGCAUUAACCACGUGCAUUUGGUAAACCGUGCAAAGAAAUAUGCGUUGACAAUGCACGGUCCUUGAAACAGGUAUGGCCUGGACCAGCGUCUUAUUUUAUGAGCUGGUCGAAGUACUACCGACCAAAGGACACCAAGAGGCAAACACACAAAGCAACCACCAAAGCCUUACUAGUUGGGGUUAAGCAGUUCUAUGUAGGUCUUGAUACUGUCUUAAAGGGCCCCAUAUCCUUAAAAUUGUUCACCUUCAUUAGGUCUAUAACACCCAGAGCAAGGAUCGGUGCAGAGAAACCUCAAAGGUUUCCCGCACCUCCGAUUAGCACGGUGUGCUACGUACGGGCUCGGGGUUCCAGUUGACCUGUUGCACAGGCGGGUCGCUUGCUCACUCAGCGUGUGUUGGCGCCAUCACGAGUGGACGUGACCUAAACCAGCCGUGUGCUUGGCAAGGAGCAGAGAGGCGUGUAAAAAUAUGUUGAUAUUACUUUACGCAAAGUCAACGACUUAGUGGGCGAGUGAUUGCUAGGACUCUUUUUUUAUGUAGAGUUGACCAUUCAAGUUUCUCGUGUAUACCAAGCCUGUCUAUAUUUUUAACUUGUGCCGAGAGUUUAAUAAAAAUUGUUUUAAGCCA